AUGCAGAUACUUGGAACAGUAUCUAUGAAAGAGAACAUCACCAAUGCAGCCAAUGCACAUAAGGCAGCGGUAAAACUCCGAGAUGAGAAAAACAUCCAGGAGGCGUUUGACUUGAACGAUUACGAGAAGUGUGAGGAGCUCAGGAAGUCCAAAAGCAGAAGCAAAAAAAACUAUAGCAAGUUCUCCCUCGCCCACUCCAAGGAGCCUGGCAACACAGCACCCAAUCUCGUCUUCCUGGCCGUGAGCCCCGAAGAAAAGGAGUCUUGGAUCAAUGUGCUCAACUCUGCCAUAAUCCGGGCCAAAAACCGCAUCUUGGAUGAGGUGACGGUGGAGGAGGAGAGCUUUCUGGCCCAUCCCACUCGGAACAGAGCCAAGAUCCAGCACUCCAGGCGGCCUCCGACCAGAGGCCACUUGAUGGCCGUGGCAUCUACCUCAACCUCUGACGGGAUGCUGACCCUGGACCUGAUCCAGGAGGAGGAGGCCUCCCCAGAAGACCCCUGUGAGAAGAGUCUCCGGGUGGACAAAUCGGCCGCCCAUUUCUCCCCCGGCCGAAGGCGCUCCAGCGAUUCAGAGGAGGCCAAGGACUCGGAGAAGGCAAGCAGCCUCCCGCGGAGGAAGGACCUGUCCGGGGAGAAGGUCUCCGCCCACAGGGAGCCCUUUGGCAGAGGGACCAUGUACACCCCUCAGGUCCCCAAGAAGCUCUCUCACCUGGAGAAGAACAAAUGCGCCUCCAUGGAGGAAAUCCUCUCCUGCUGGGACUCCCCCUCAGCCGGCCAGCCAGCGCUGAGGACCGGCCUCAAGGACCCAGCGGCUUCCCCUGAGCCGGAGCAGCUGGCCAGGAUACAGGCGCUGGUGGCGCUGCAGCUGGAGAAGACGCAGGGCCUGCUGGCGGAAGCCAGGGGCUACGGGGGAGAGGGGCUGCGGAAGGCGCAGGAGCUCGGCUCUGCCUGUGCCCCCUCCUCGCCCAAGCUGGACUCGGCGGCCACCUUGCAGGAGAUCCAGAGGCUGCUGGGCGAGGCCUCCUCCAGCUGGAGCCAAGCCCAGAAAGUGCUGCAGGAGGUGAGAGAACUGAGGAGCCUCUACCAACAGCUGCGGCUCUCCAGACCUGCUCCCCCACAGAGCCUGCUGCUGCCUCAGUACAGGAAGAGCCUGAUGUGAAGGCCAGCGGUGGGGCGAUCUCUAGGGAGGGCAGGGCAGGGCACGGCUGGGAGGGUGCAGAGGUUGGGGAUGUGGAAUUGGUAGCAUUUCAUGCUCCCCGGGUGUCCCUCGAUCCUCACUCCUCACCAACUCAGCUUUCCCCCCCCUUCCACCACAGCUACGUGUGUCCCCCGCUCCUCUCCUCCAACCGCGAGGGGCCCCGUUUCAACAUAUCCUCCGUCUCUGCAGCCCCCAGAAGGCAGCAACUUACAGGCGGCGUCUUGGAACGUAAUUUUUCAGAGACAGCCUGGUUCUCUUUGGGCCCAAGGGAGGCCUCUGCCUUCCUUCUGCACAGACGGGUGCGCCACCCUCCCAAAUGCCAGGAGAGGGGGGGGGGGUUUGCACCUCAGGUGCCAGGGGGCGUGGCCUCCUCGGCAGGGUCCCUCCCGGGUCCCCUGCGACCGCUCUGCCGUUGGGUGGGGCCAUUUCCCUGCUUGGGUCCCAUGUUCCGCUGGAAAGGCACCUUCGCCGCCUGAAACUAUGCAGGAGACUCUUUUCCAAACUCGAUGCCGUCCCAGAAGCCCCCCCCCGGGACCAAAGAAGGGCUGGCCCAGUUUUGCUGAGCUCCAGACUGAGGUCCCUGACUGGAACCGGGGAAGCAGCUUCUGCCCUUCAUCCCGGGCGGUUCUGGUCCAUGGGCUUUCGGUACCUCAUAACAUCCUUCCACGUCCCUUUUUCCAAGUGGUUUUGCUCCCUCUACCCC